AUUGUUGUAUACUUUCCUAGUUGUGUGAGAAUGGCUGCAACUUCCACCACUUUAUUUGUCUCUCUGUCUCUCUCUUUCCCCUUCAAUCUCAUCCUAUUCCGUUUCCUCAGCAGUACUCAAUUGAUCCAUUUGUUUUUCUAUUCGUUUUGAGAACUUUGAGAGUAUAUGGCCGGCAUAGACUUGGGUUCAGCAUCACAACACUUUGUUCAUCGUCUUCAACGCCCUGACCUAGAAGUUCAUGAUGAGAGUCAAGAUCAAGAUGGAAACAAUAACCAUGAAGGGCUUGAUCUAGUUUCACCGAAUCACGGACUCGGUGAUGUUGUUGGUCGUAGACCACGGGGCAGACCUCCGGGUUCAAAGAACAAACCUAAACCACCGGUGAUCAUCACAAGAGAGAGUGCAAACACGCUUAGGGCUCAUAUUCUUGAGGUUAGUAGUGGUUGCGAUGUGUUUGACUCGGUCGCUACCUAUGCGAGGAAGCGUCAACGAGGGAUCUGUGUUCUUAGUGGCAGUGGAACUGUCACUAACGUGACCCUGCGGCAGCCAGCUGCAGCAGGGUCUGUUGUGACACUUCACGGAAGAUUUGAGAUAUUGUCUUUGUCUGGAUCGUUUCUACCACCCCCGGCUCCACCGGGGGCAACGAGUUUGAGUGUGUUUCUUGGUGGAGGUCAAGGUCAAGUUGUUGGAGGAAAUGUUGUAGGUCCUUUGGUUGCUUCUGGGCCGGUUAUCGUUAUUGCUUCGUCGUUUACUAACGUAGCGUACGAGCGGUUACCAUUAGACGAAGACGAAUCUCUUCAGAUGCAACAAGGGCAAUCAUCUGCAGGAGGUGGUGGUGGCGGGGGUGGUGCUGAUGGUAUUAAUAACUCUUUUCCGGACCCGUCUUCGGGCCUUCCAUUCUUCAACUUACCUCUAAAUAUGCCUCAACUACCUGUGGAUGGUUGGGCUGGAAACUCUGGAGGAAGACAAUCUUAUUGAGCUUAAUAAUGUUACAAAGGUGAGUUGAAUUUCGUUUCCUUUUGAAUGUUAAUCAUUUGUGAAGAAUUGAGGACUUGUUUUCUUGAUUUAAUUUCUUGGCUAGGGUUGUUUUUGUUGUAAGGACUAAGUUAUAAUUUCUAGGAACAAUUGUAAAACAUUAAUUUCUCUUUGGUUGUUGGAGUUGUUAAUUAGAUGAA